AUGGUAAUUCCUCCUCGCUCCAUGACUGUCAUUGGUGGUGAAUUUCAACACCUAAAAGGCAUUAGAGAGAUAUGCUUUGAUGAAGACGUCAUGGCGUUUCUUCACGAUGCACAGGCAACACUCAAAUACCAAGGUAUAUACAACAAACGAGGGCCUUCCAAAAGGUCUCUCAUUCACUAUGCUGCAAUGGGUGACUGUGUCGAGCUCCUUCGUUAUCUCCUCCAAGACGGGACAGCACAGGAUGACCUCGACCAGAACAAGCGGACGCCACUCUCCUGGGCCGCGCAAUACAGCGCAUUGCGUGCGGUGAAGAUUUUGCUGGACAAUGGAGCGGAGAUCAAUUCCAUGGACGAUAUGUAUACAACACCCUUGUCAUGGCUGAUACAGACGGGUAGGGGCCCGAAUCAAGCAGCUACAAUAGAUUACCUGAGGAGUAAUGGUGCGACGAGGAGAGGUGCAACACGGGCCUCGAUCAAAAGGAAGACCAUCCAAGCUUUUCCCUCGGGUUUGUUAUAG